AUGGCGAUGACACCGGAGGACAUGGAGGUGAGGCUGAAGGAGAUGGUGCUGAAGGUGCAGCUGGGGGAGAUGGCGGGCGGCGAGGGCGAGCGCGUGGCGGCGUUGGAGGCGAAGCUGAGGGAGCAGGGCGACGCCAUGGCUGCCAUGCAGCGUGACAUUGCCGACAUGCGCCGCGCCACGGCGGCGACGGGCGCUUUGGGGGAGAAUGAUACCGGUGAAGAAGCGAAAGGCAUUGGCGCGCAGCCACUGAAAGGUGUGCAGGAUAACGUGUUCGCUGCGAUUGAAGUGGAGGAGAUGAAGGCGCAGGUGGACGCGGCGAGGGGGGAGGCGAGUGAGGUGCGCGGAGAGGUGGGCACGCUGAAGGCGGAGCUUGCGCAGAUGAGAGCUUCGGUGGAGCGGCAGGCGGCGGAGGUGGCGUACGUGAAGGCGACGGCGGCGCACUCGGAGGCGCGCAUCAACCACGUCGAGCUGGCGCUCGCCGCCAUCAAGAAGAGCCGCGCCGAGCGCGAGGCGGGCAGCCGGGGGGAGCAUGCGGGGGAAGAGACGCGCGCGGGGAAGAGGCGGAAAAGGGAGGAGGGGGGAGACAAAGGGGGCAUGGCAGAUGCCCUGAUCGCUAGUGGUGAUUCGCUCGAACAACAGCGGGAUGAGGCGGAACGGGGUGCGCGAAGCGUACUCGAGGAAAAAUGGGUGAGGCGUGUGACACGGAGGUUCAGAUGCAAGGGCUGA